AUGGAGCGGGCUCCAAACCUGCUUCUCUUCUGCAUCUUCACCUUUGCCAUGGUCCUGGUCCCAGAAGCAAAGGACCAAAGUAAAGGAGCGAAGGGAAGGAGAAGGGGGCCAGCACGGUCCCCCACAACGGCCCCCAUCCUUGCCUGGGCCCCGGAUGACACCUACACCUCCAUGGAAGACUACGAGCAGAGCAUCCAGGACAUGGUACGCCAGCUCAAGAACAACUCCGAGCCAGGUGACACCAAGUGCCAGGUCAACCUGAGGCUCUGGAGGUCCAACCGGAGAAGCUUGUCCCCCUGGGCCUACAGCAUAAACCACGACGCAACACGGAUCCCAGCAGACAUCCCUGAGGCCCGGUGCCUCUGCACUGGCUGCAUCAACCCCUUCACGAUGCAGGAGGACCGCACCAUGGCCAGCAUUCCCAUCUACAGCCGGCUGCCCGUCCGCCGGCUGCUCUGCCAGGUGCCCAACGAAGUGGGGCACAAGCCUUCUGUGAAGAAGUGUCAGAAGAAGUACCAGACAGUCAUGGAGACCGUUGCUGUGGGCUGCACCUGCAUCUUCUGA